CGCAUGAAAGCAAUCGAGGAUGGCAGGGUUCGCCCGGAAGGCAUUGAGCUUACCUUUUUGAAUUACCGGGUAGAAGAAACCUUCUUCCGUCAACUUCGUUUUCAAGAGUUUGAUGUCUCUGAGCUCUCUUUAUCCUCAUACAUCUUGACGCUAAACCAAGAGAGGCCGCCAUUUAUUGCGAUACCUGUCUUUCCAUCACGCUUUUUCCGCCACCAGUCGAUGUACGUCAACAAGGAUGCGGGUAUUUUAAAGCCCGAGGAUUUAAGAGGGAAGAGGAUCGGCAUUCCUGAAUACCAGAUGACUGCUGCUGUAUGGCAACGCGGGAUCUUGGAAGAACACUUUGGUGUACCGAUUAGCAGUGUGCAAUUCUUUGUUGGCGCGAUAGAAUAUUCCGAACAUGCGAGAAUCAGCAAAAUAUCGCACUCGUUGCCCCAAGACGUUAAGGUGAUUGCCAUCAACCAAGGUCAAAAUCUCUCUGAGAUGCUCGCCAACGGCGAAAUCGACGCGAUAUUUAGUGCCAGCAGACCGUCCUCAUUUGACACCUCCCCGAACGUCGGGCUUCUGUUCCCUAACUUCAAGCAAGUUGAGGCCAAUUAUUACAAGCAAACGGGCAUUUUUCCAAUAAUGCACGUUGUUGCGCUCAAACGAACUGUCUAUGAGGCAAAUCCUUGGAUCGCAAAGACCUUGACCAAGGCAUUUGCUCAAUCCUUGGAGAUGGCGUAUGAGCCGCUACAAGAACGUUCCGCAUUGCGAUAUAUGCUGCCUUGGUUAGAGGAUCAUGUUAAGGAGACGCAAGAACUUAUGGGAGACAUGAAAUGGUGGAAGGACGGCUUCACUGAAAACAGGCAUGUGAUCGAGAAGUUCCUCGAUUACCACUUCCAGCAAGGACUCUCGAAACGAAAAUUUAAUCCAGAAGAAAUAUUCGCACCAAAUGCUCUCGAGACUUUUGUAUUGUAGAU